CAGCUACCAUACUAUUUCCAUUAAAUUAAAUCAGCAUUUUAACAUCAUUCUGUAAGUGUUCAAGUUUUACUGAUUAUUUGAUCAUUUAAGUUGGACAAAAAACCAAAACUAGAUUAAAUUUGGUAAUUUAAGUAUAGUAUUAAGUUAAAUUUGACCAAAGAAAUCAAACAAGAAGAAACUUACUCUUCACACAACAAGCUGAUACUUUUUUGUCUCUCCUCUCUAAUAACGCUGCUAAGUCUAUUUAAAGACAAGUGGAAAUCCUGCAUUAAACUUGACAUGUAAUGCUUUUUUUUGUUUUGUUUUUUUUACUGUUUAUUGAGUUAAAUUUUCCAUCUUGGAUAAUGAUUUCUUUACAUUCAUAAUUUACUCAUUAAAUGGAAAAUUCAGAUGCUGCAGAGAAACUUUUCAACUGACUUUCUGCUUCUGUGGUCUCUCUUCAUGAGCUGCUCUCACAUUUACAAAGCAAACCACAGCUGCACUUCCUAUCUGUCACCAAUCUACCUUCACAUUGCUUCUCUAACCAUGCAGCUAAAUCCACAUAUGAGCAGACUGGUUGUUUUCCUUUUAACUGCUUUUCUUCCAGGUCUCCGCCUGCAGAGGAAUGGCAGCUCUAAGGCUCUUUUCUACAGGCCUGUUCUUCAGCACAUGGAAACCAUUCCCACUCCUGGAAGCUACAUGCUGAGAGAUCAUGCUGGGCAGCCGUGCAUUAAAGCCAAUCUGGGAGCAGAGUAUGUUGUUAUCGAGAACAAGACAAACUGGUAUUUCAGCCUUGAUCCGUCCAGAGUUGUGCUGAGCGGUGAAUGCAGCAAAGAUGAAGCUCUUCUGUCCCUCAUGCUGCCGGAUAAUUCUGCACGUCUGGAGUUCACCUUCAGAAAAGAUGAAGAUCAUUUCUACGUCACCAAACUGGCGGCUCGAUUGUUCCCUCUACCUGUUUGCAAAGGAUGCCCCAAUAAAACAUAUUCUGGGUUUCUAUCUAACCAGACGCUUUUUAAAGCAGCAAAUGACAGAAGCUUCAAGUGUACGUCAGAGUCGCUCCUUUCGGUUUCCUCUGAGCUGCGGAUCAAGUUGGUUCGUCUGCAGAUGCAGGCCUUCGGUGUCCCCGAUGGGGAGUUCAGAGAAGAGGAUGAGUGCUGGGCAGAUUUUAACCAUAGAGCGGUUCCCAUCAUCAUCGGGUCCAUAGCAACCGGAGUCCUCCUCGGCGUCGUGCUGAGCUUCCUGAUCAUCAGAGAUCGCCACGCAUCAGGAUAUGAGAGACUCUGAACUUAAUGUUUCACUUUUUAAACUCUCUAAACGUCUAAAAUUUACA